GUGGGAUUGGAAGCAGCAUAAUAAAUUUCUUACAAUAGAUAUGGUUUUGAAGAAAAGAGUCAUUCUUUAGUCAUUCACUUUGUCAGAGAAGACUGUCACUCUCUAACAGUAUUGAAAAGCUCAUCUCUCUCUCUACCAAAGCACGCUUCUCGCAUUUGAGAACAAAAUACUCCCCCCUUUUUAGAAAUAUAUUCGGCUGCAUUUGAUCUGGUUAUUCAAUUGACCUUUUCUUUUGAAUUUCUAGAAUUAUAAUAUGCAUUUUGUGGUGAUAUUUGAUUGAAAAUUUAGCUAGGUGGAAACGUUGUAGAAGAAAUGCUUGAAUACUGCUUCGGAUUCAUCGAGGUAGACAAGAACACAUAUGGGAUGGAGGACUGCACCAGAAGGAAUUAUGCAGAGAGGAGCAGAGAUUAGUGUCAGUGAUUCCCACAAGGUUCAUUUAUGGCGUCCACUGGCCUUGGCCAUGGAGGAGCAGGCAGUUCUAGAAGUGCUAAUGGAUUCAAGAGUUCAUCUAGUUCAGUCGACUGGCUGGGAAGAGAGAUGCUUGAGAUGCGGUUGAGAGACAGGGUGGACCAUGAUGAUGACAGGGACAGCGAACCAGAUAUAGGGAAGGGUCUCACUUUAUAUACCUUUUUCCUUUGUUUGAUUCAGAUAUGCAGGGCGCUGGCUUAUAUUCAUAACUGUAUUGGCAUCUGUCACCGUGAUAUCAAGCCUCAAAAUUUACUGGUAAAUCCACACACGCAUCAGCUGAAGCUUUGUGAUUUUGGAAGUGCAAAAGUUUUGGUGAAAGGUGAACCCAAUGUGUCAUAUAUCUGUUCGAGAUAUUAUCGUGCCCCUGAACUCAUAUUUGGUGCCACCGAAUACACAACAGCUAUUGAUAUUUGGUCUACAGGUUGUGUAAUGGCUGAGUUACUUCUUGGACAGCCAUUAUUUCCUGGAGAGAGUGGGGUUGACCAAUUAGUAGAGAUUAUAAAGGUUUUGGGGACACCUACUAGAGAGGAGAUAAAAUGCAUGAAUCCUAACUACACCGAGUUUAAAUUUCCACAAAUAAAGCCACACCCAUGGCACAAGGUUUUUCAGAAGCGAUUGCCUCCAGAAGCAGUUGACCUGUUGUGUCGGUUUUUCCAGUAUUCGCCCUAUUUGAGAUGCACUGCUUUGGAGGCUUGUAUUCAUCCAUUCUUUGAUGAGUUGAGGGAUCCUAAUACCCGUCUUCCUAAUGGUCGCCCUCUUCCACCACUUCUCAAUUUCAAGCCGCAAGAGCUCACUGGAAUUCCUCCUGAAACUCUCCAGCGCCUCAUUCCAGAACAUGCUCGAAGACAGAAUUUAUUCAUGGCUUUACGAUCCUAGUGAUCCUUGUUUUGCCACUGUCCCCAUUUGGUUAGCAUCUGUAAAAUGUGGUAAAAGUGGUGGUUGCGCAACAUCCAUUACUGCUUGCUAAAUGUUGUUUCAGAUCAAGUUCACAUAGCUAUUAGCUUGCAAUUAUAUGUUUGUGAGAGAGCAUUUUGUAUCCGUUCCCAAUAACUGUUACAGAUAGUGUGCAUAUAUGACAAAUCAGAUUUUGUAUAUGUAAGGAAACGCUUUGAGGUUUAGGUUUGGAUGUCGAAAAGCUGAGGAUUUUUAUAUAACCAUGAGUCUUUUGUUUUAGCACCAUUUUGCUUGAUGGGUAAUAAUACUAGUUAAGACGAAA